AUGGUAAAAUUCCUUGUUUUUCAUGGCGCAGAUGUCAAUGUGAAAGACAAUGAUGGGCGAACACCUCUUUAUUGGGUAAAAACAGAAAAUCACAAUGAAAUCGCAGAUUUUCUUCUUUCACAUGGUGCCGUUUCUAAUGAAUAA